AGUACUACUUUGGUGUUUGUCAACUCGACUACCGCCAUACCGAACGCAUCAACACGAGAUUGUGGAGGAACCGGGUUCAAAGCCGACCUUCCGAGCACCAUAUCGGCUCAGCCCUACGGAGCUGACCGACAUGAAAAGGCAGAUCGAGUAUCUCCUAGCCAAAGGACUCAUCCGACCAUCCACUUCGCCAUACGGUGCCCCAGUACUCUUCACACCGAAACCGGACGGAAGCAUGCGCAUGUGCAUCGAUUACCGGGCUCUUAACCAGCAGACCAUCAAGAAUAAAUAUCUGAUACCGCGAAUCGAUGACCUACUUGACCAGCUUCGGGGAGCCACGGUAUUUUCCAAACUGGAUCUGUGGUCCGGAUACUGGCAGAUACGGAUGGCGAACAACUCUAUCCACAAAACUGCUUUCCGAACUCGGUACGAAUCGUACGAGUAUUUGGUCAUGCCGUUCGGACUCACCAACGCACCGGCAACAUUCCAAGCCGAGAUGAACCACAUCCUACGCCCACUUUUGGACGAGUGCGUGGUAGUAUACCUGGACGACAUCCUCAUCUACUCGCGUGACAUGAAGCAGCACGUCGAACACCUGCGACGCGUCUUCGAAAUUCUUCGACGAGAACGGUUCUACGUCAAAAUGUCCAAGAGCAAAUUCGCCCUUGAGAAGGUCCAAUUCCUAGGGCACAUGGUGAGCGCUCAAGGAGUUCACGUCGACCCCAAGAAAAUCGAAGCCGUACGUACGUGGAAGACACCCGAGAACGUGAAGGAGUUGCAGCAGUUCCUAGGCUUCGCUAAUUACUAUAACAGGUUCAAGAACACGCCCUACAAAUGGGAGCCAAAGCACCAGGAAGCCGUGGAGCAGCUGAAACAAGCACUCACGUCCGCACCAGUACUCAUCUUGCCAGAUCCCGAACGCGACUACGUAAUCGAAGCUGACGCCAGCGACCAAGCAGUGGGAGCAGUCUUGAUGCAAGACCAGGGAAAUGGAAUGCAAACAAUCGCCUACCUCAGCAAGAAACUGCACGGGGCAGAACUAAACUACCCGAUACACGACAAAGAGGCCCUUGCCAUCGUCAUCGCCUUCAAAGCGUGGAGAUGUUAUCUCGAAGGACGAAGAACAACCGUCUUCACCGACCACUGCAGCCUGAAAUACUUGAAGACACAACCCAACCUUUCCAGGCGACAGGUCGGGUGGAUCGACUUCCUCGAGACACACUUCCACUACGAUAUCGCGUACAAGCCCGGCCACAAAAACAAAGCAGACGCCCUGCACACAUUGCCGCCAUUCAGGAUCAACGAAAAUCUGGGUACCCAAUUACCCUCCUUUGCGCCAGUUCCUAUCGAAGAAUACCAUGACGUCCUCUACGCCGGACACUUCGGUAGCAACAAGACGCUGACCGGUAUUGCAAAACACUACUACUGGCCCCACUUGGCAGAGGAUGUUCAGAAAUUCGUCACCUCGUGUGAUACAUGUCAGCGGAUAAAGAGCAGCAAGCAGAAAAAGGCGGGACUACUGCAGCCUCCUCCUGUCCCAGAACAGCUAUGGAAAGUGGUUAGCCUGGAUUUCAUCACCGGGUUACCACCUAUCACCAGCGGUCAUGACGCAAUCCUUGUCGUUAUCGACAAAUUCUCCAAAAUGGGACACUUCAUCCCGACACACACGACGGCAUGCACCGAGGAGACAGCACAACUCUUUGUUCGUUACAUCAUCUCACAGCAUGGCAUUCCAACCACACUCAUUUCCGACGGAGACCCCAAGUUCACCAGCAAGUUCUGGAAGGAACUUAUGUCUCUGCUCGGGACCAAACUCGCCAUGUCAUCCGCUUACCAUCCGCAGACAGACGGACAGACCGAGCGCCUCAACCAGAUUGUUGAGCAACUCCUCCGAGCAGCCUGCAGGGACGAGAUCUCCAAAUGGGACUUGCACCUGCCCAUUCUAGAGUUUGCUUACAACAACGCUACGCAUGCCGCUAUUGGACAGACGCCGUUCUUCCUCUGCUACGGACGCCACCCACUCACACCACAAAAACCGACAACAUCCGCUACAGUCCAACCUGCACACGAUUUCAUCACAACCAUCCAUCAGCUUUGGGAUCGGACCCACAAGCGCCUCCUCGACGUUCAGCAGCAACAAAAGCGCCAGGCCGAUCGCCAUCGCAACGACCACACCAUUACCGUGGGAGACCAGGUGCUCCUUGACACCCGCAACCUUGACAUCAGUCAUCUCCCAUCUAAACUGCGACCUCGCUUCUGCGGGCCUUUCCUCGUUCAAGCACAGGUCACUCCUAUUACCUUCCGCUUACGCCUGCCAGCUACCUGGAAGAUUCACAACGCCUUCCAUGUCCAACUUCUGAAUCCCUAUCGGGAUCCGAACACGAUCUUCGUCAGACGCCAACCGCCGCCGCCGCCGCCCAUCCUCGUCCAGAAUGAACCCGAGUACGAGGUCAAGUCCGUGCUUGCACACCGACAUCGUCAAAAUGGCACCGUGGAGCUUCUCAUCCGUUGGAAGGGUUAUGAUCCUUCUGAGGACAGCUGGGUACCUGAGACCGACAUGGGUAACGCCCGUCGUCCUCUGCAUGACUACCUUGUCAAGCAGGGUGUUACUUCUACCACCCAGAUUUGAGUGGAGAAAGUGUGAGAGUA